AUGCGAAUGCCGCCCCCGAUGAUCCCGACCAAGUACGACCUGUCUCCAUCCACCGAGAGCAACCACUCGCUCGAUGAGGGCAUCUGCACGCAGUCGAUGAAGUCGUACAACUCUCGUCUGGAGCACUAUUCAAAGGAGCGGGGCUCCUCCAGGAAUUCUCAUCGCCACGAGACUGCAUCUGGGAGUGCUCUUCCCGUCGUUCGACCUCCGCCCGGCCCGCCACCACCUCCCCCGCCUCCGCCGCCGGCGCCCAUCAACCUGGCCCCUGUUCCAAAAACACCCAUGCGCAAGGCUCAGGAGGCGGCCAGCCUCGAGUCGAUGCCCUCCCCAGUCAGCCGCCCGUCGGCCAUGGACCUGCAGGCGGUGAAGCUGCGCAAGACCGAGGUGGCCAAGUCUCCCGGCGGCACCCCGUUGAACAAGGCGCCGUUGCGCGGGGCCAGCGAGCUGUUGGUGACUGCUUUGAGAUCCCGGUGCAACGUGAUGAUGAGUGAUAUCGAGGACGAGGACACGGACGGACUGAACGACUCGACGCAGGACGAGUGGGAGGACAAAAUUACCCCCAUCGCCGCCGGCUGCGACUCCUCGUCCGAA